CAGAUUUGCUUGACAGAUUUUGAAGUUUACACUUUUAACAUUACACGCACACACUCUUUCUCUAGGGCCUAGGCUCUUCCCCUUUUGAACUGAAUGACUAUUCAUAUUUCUAAUUCUUCAUGCCCGUUCAGUUGCCUCUACUCCUAAAACAUCAAAGAGCCCAUCAUAUGAUCGGAGGUCUAUUCUUUCUCUCAACUGGAAGGGAAAAGGUUUUGAGUUUAGGUUCUACUAAAAAAGGCUCCAUUCAGAGGAACAUGAUAGUCUGCAAUUCUUGAUUGGGGAUUGGGAACAAGCGGUCCAAUUAUCACGGGAGAAGAAUUACAAAAUUCGUAAGGUUUGGUAUUUGACUAGAAGAAAGUGUUUUUUAGCAUGAAGCACCUAUUUCAUUCUAUUUGUCCUCACCACAAGGAAAUCAUUAAGCAUCCUCAUUUGAUAAAAUAAGAACAACAAUAACUCUCCCCUCCUCCACCUCAGUAAACAUGACACAGUUGGUCUCUUCUGUUGCGGAAAAAGUCAUUGAAAAGCUAGGAUCCAUUGCCUACCAAGAGAUUUGCUUGGCAUGGGGCAUUGAAAGCGAUCUGAAAAAUCUUGAGCUCACCAUGUCUGCCAUCCAAGCUAAGUUGUUGGAUGCCGAGGAGAGGCAAGCAAAAGAAAGUGGGCUUAGAGUUUGGCUGGGGCAACUCAAAGACGUCUUUUAUGAUGCAGUGGAUGUGCUGGAUGAAUUCGAGUGUGAAGCUCUACGGAAGCAAGUGGUGAAAACAUAUGGGAGCACUGGUAAAAAGGUACGCCGUUUCUUUUCGUGUUCUAAUCCACUUGCCUUCCGUUUUAAAAUGGGUCAUAGAAUGAAGGAGAUCAGAGAAAGGUUAGAAGAGAUAAAAAAGGUUAGUGAUCAAUUUAAUCUUCAGGAGAGGCAACUUGACGAUAAGCAUAUUGUCGUUAGGGAAACUCACUCCUUUGUCCCUGAUUCUGAUGUUAUCGGAAGGGAUAAAGACAAGCAAGAGAUAAUAGAUCUUCUGAUGCAACCGGGUGAUGAUGGUAAUGUUUCUGUGAUUCCAAUAGUUGGAUUGGGAGGUAUGGGCAAGACCACACUUGCCCAGUCAGUGUAUAAUGAUGAAAUGGUUAAAAGCAAUUUUCAUCAGAGAGUAUGGGUAUGCGUGUCAGAAGAUUUUGAUGUUAAAAGAUUGGUAAAAGAAAUCCUUAAGUCUGCAGGUGGUGAAAUUAGCGAGAACAUGAGCAUGGAUCAAGUGCAAGCUAGUUUACGAAAUGUUUUGAAUGGAAAAUCUUUUUUAAUUGUUUUGGAUGAUGUAUGGAAUGAGGAUCCCAGUGAAUGGAAUGACUUGAAAAUGUUGUUAAUAGAAGGUGCCAAAGGAAGUAAAAUUAUUGUCACUACACGUAGUCACAAAGUUGCGUCAGUGAUGACUCCUGGAUCCAUCCAUGAAUUGAAAGGUCUUCCUGAGCAAGAUUGUCUGUGCUUGUUCUUAAGAUGGGCAUUUGAAAAAGGAAAGGACAAACAAUAUCCAAAACUAGUAGAGAUUGGUAAAGAUAUUGUGGAAAAGUGUAGAGGUGUUCCUUUGGCUGUGAAGACUUUAGGGAGUUUACUUUAUUCUAAAAUUGAGGAGCGGGAUUGGAUCUCUAUAAGGGAUAAUGAGAUAUGGAAAUUGGAGCAAAAGGAAAAAGACAUUUUGCCGGCAUUAAGAUUGAGUUACAAUAAAUUGCCAUCGUACUUAAAAGAAUGUUUUGCUUAUUGCUCAUUGUAUCCAAAGGAUUUUGUAUAUAAUAAUCGGGAUUUAAUUCGGUGCUGGAUGGCAAAUGGGCUCCUCAAAAAGUCCAACGAAAGGACUGAGUUGGAAGAUAUUGGAGAACAAUAUAUAAAAGAGAUGUUAUCAAGAUCUUUCUUUCAAGAAGUUAAUCAUCGAUACAGACCUGAGUGGUCAUUUAAAAUGCAUGAUUUGUUACAUGAUCUUUCGUUAUAUGUUGCACAAAAUGAUUAUUGCUUAAUUGAAGACACUAAUAACACCAGCAAAUUUGAAAAGGCUAGACACGUUUCAAUUUUGGACCAUAAGUUGGGUGUUGAUGCAACAAUAACUUUUUUACACAAGUUGAGUAACAACGUGCAGACUAUUAAUUUCUCAUUUGAUGAUGAAUGGGGCCGAUUUAUUAAUUUCUCAUUUCAUGAUUCUAUUAAUAUUAAUGAAUCUUUGGUGAAAACAUGCAUCUCAAGGUUUAAGCACCUACGAUUGCUAAAUUUAAGAGAUUCAACGUUGGAAACGUUGUCAAGCUCAAUUAGUACUUUGAAGCAUUUGAGAUAUCUCAACUUACGUGGAAAUAGGAAAAUAAAGAAAUUGCCUGACUCCAUUUGCGAUCUACAAAAUUUGGAAACUUUGAUAUUACAGGAGUGUGAAGAUCUUGAAGAGUUGCCAAGGGAUAUAAGAAAGAUGGUUAGCCUCAGAUAUUUUGAGAUAACCACAAAACAAACGCGUUUACCCGCCAACGGAAUCGAGUGCAUGUCUUCUCUUCGACAUUUGUUCUUUUACAGAUGUCAUAGACUAGAGUGUUUUAAUGAAGGAAUCCAACGCCUCACCGCCCUUCGCUCCUUGAGCUUACGAUAUUGUGAAAGCCUGAUAUCUUUGCCGCAAGGUAUGAAACACCUAACCGCGUUGGAAUAUCUGUCUAUUUCAUAUUGUGAAAAUCUUAAUUUAAUGGAAAGGGAUCAUGACUACCCGACAAGUCUUCAAACACUCUAUAUUGGGGGAUUGCCACGAUUAGUGAGUUUGCCCCAAGGGCUUAAAGGAUCUGCCGACACUCUACAAUAUUUAUGUAUUUUUGAUUGUAAGAACUUGGGGGUAUUGCCAGAGUGGCUUCCCGAUCUCAGUUCUCUUCGAAAGCUUGUGGUUUUGAGUUGCCAAAAAUUAUCGUCUCUGCCAGAAGGGAUGGAUCGCCUCACUGCCCUCAGAGAAUUGACGAUUUAUAAUUGUCCUGAAUUGAGGAGAGAUUAUGAGCAGAGGUCGGUCGGCAAAGAUUGGGGCAAGAUGGUCAAAUUCACUUCUACGUAUGAUUGGUAGUAGAUGUUCUUGGAAGAUUGUUCUUUCAGAAAAGGAUGUUUCUUGUGCUUAAAAUUGCCACUGCUUAUCAAUUCAGCCAUAACAUGCAGCACAGAAAGUCCCAGCCUUCUCUUGUAUUGUAAAUAAUUUUAAUAAUAUUGUGGUGUGCAUUUAGUGUUUGUAAUGAUUAAUGGAGUGAUGUGUGUUUAUGUUUAUGAUUUCAAUUGUAAUUCAUGUAUUAUCUAAUUUGCACAAUGUUUUAGUAACUUGAGUCGUGUGUGUUAUUAAUUGUUUGUCUCUGCUUCUUGGUUAUUGGAAUUACUCCAAUGAAAUUAUUUGUUGUGCUUUAUCAUUUAAUUAAAAAAAAAAAAAUUGAAGUUUGAAAUUAUUUUCAUGUGAUGUAAAAUAACUAAUAGCAUUAGAGUAUUUGGUAAGCCAACAAUGUGAAAAUUUUAAUUUUAUGAAAGUGGAAUACUACCUAGAAGUUUGCUUUAUCCAUCAAUUGUUGGUUCCGAAUGUCAACCUGUUUUGAACUUUUGGUAUUUUAAACACCCAAAGUUGUCAUAUCUACUGAGUGGCCUUAAUGCCCAAAGAGGACUGAAGAUUGAAGAUUGUUCUAAAUCAAGAUGACAAUGCCAAGGAGAUAUUGUUUUGUCAGGUUUUCGUGGAAGAUUCUUCUAAGGAAAAGGGAUUCCUUUAGCUUAAAAUUUCUUUUCCAGGUCAUUUGUGGCUCUCUCAAAACUUGCUGUUGAUUUUGGUAGAGAAUCUAUGUUGUCAUUGCAAUGUUUUUUUAGCUCACAACAUGCACUUGUGAUAUCUACUAGCUCACCUGUGAUAUCUACUAGCUCAUGAAAACUUGCUAUAGCUCUGAGGUUUGGAGGAUUACCAAAGGUGAAUAUUUGACGAAGCAAAAAUUUCCUGCUUGCCACAUGUUUGGUGGUUAGUUUGGAGUCAUUACAACUUUGGUAAAAGGUUUCCUCUGCACUUUACAGGGUAGAAUCUAUGAACUUUAUGGGCGAGAGGCAUUUGGAAAAAAAACACUUAGCCCUUCACGUCAUCAAGGAAGUUCAAAUCAAAAGUUUUCAGAUCUUUUGCUCAAGAAUGCAGGACCAAGCCAUAUCUCAUCGUUUGAUGCUGCUUUGUCAAUUGUGAUGGAUAGGAGCUCCUACUAUCUUUUAGUUCUUGCAGUGAGGUUUUUCCAAAUACUCACUUUUUCUUCAUAAAUGUUAUCUAUUCGUUUAACAACUAUUAAGCUACAAUUAUUAAUACUUUGUACUUAGCAACAUGUAAUAGUGAAUAUUAAAACUGCUUGCAUCACCAUAACAGUGAUAGCAAUUUAGAAUUAGGCAUCUUAUGAAUAUAAAUGGCAGCAUGGAUAUUUUCUGGUGUUUUCUGUCAGUAAUGGAGAAUCUUGCUACCAGUUCACUCCAUAGAUGGUAAUGAUAGUUAAAUCCUACAAGAUCCAUUCGUUCUUUUUUCUCUGUCAAAUAGUCAGAACUUCAUCUGGGUUUGAAUCCUACUGAGAGGUCCACUAGAAUUUGAAAAAAUGAGUACUAAUGAACCUUGUGUGUAUACUAUACGCACAAAUUUAUAAGACCACACUUAAUGAUUGGCAUGUUCGGAUUUUCCAUUUUCUUUUGCUUUUUAAAAAAAAAAAAAAAAAUUCAUUUUUUCCCUUUUUUGGUUGUACACUAGAUUUGAUAUGGCAAUUGUUGCCUUGGAGUGCUUACGGUUUUGAGUCCAGAAUAUCCUGCACUUUAAAUGUUUGUGGAGUGUGUUGUUCAAAUUUCUUUAACACAUUGACUAGAAUUGCAACUAUAGAGUUGUCAGUAUCAUCAUCAUUUUCUGUCAUUUAAAGAAAAUUUACCCGACAACUAUAGGUGGCCAAAUCUCCGUAUGUUAACCUAUAUUGAUUGGGUUUGCAGUUUGUUUCAUCAUUGGAGCCUAUAUUAUUACAACUUACUCAAUGUAAACAAGAAAAGAGUGUUAGAGUUAUUUGCACUCUGUUAUUAUCUUUCUCAAUAUUCUUAUGCUUUAAUACCAUCCUGUAUGUUUGGAUUUUUUAGGUAGCUGCCCUUCUCCUCCAAUGUGAACUUGCAUCAUUUGAUAGGUGGCACCUUCCAAGAUUUACAAUCAUGUAUAAUAACACAAGAACUUACAAGAAUUCAUUCCUCAUUCUACCAAUCUCAUUCAUAAAUUUUCUUCACCAGGUUGAAGACAAUAUAUCUAGUCAUUUUUAACCUCCUUGUUUAUGUGUUAUAAGCUGUACCUUAUCAGUUGUAGCAUGGAAGAAAUCCAUUUACCUGCCCAUAUUACCUUUUAUUUCCAGGUCCAAUCAAGUCCAAAAUCAUGGCAACGUUUUGGACAUAUGGAUGAGGUCACCUGUGGUGGGAAUGCAAUGUAAUUCUAUGCAGUUUUAU